CACAGCAAUUUUGAUAUACGUUUCGCAAUAUUCUGCAUAGACACUAUAGCACUAUAUCCAGUCAUUAAAUUGUAUUGAUAUUCAGAAAAAGACUCAUUUACUUGGAAAGGCUGAUCGAUACACGCGACGGGAGCUCAUCUCGCCCAUCGACAGGCUUUCAUUCGCAUUGGCAUUGUAUGCGUUUUGCAUGACAGGCGAAAUUAAAGGUUUUCGAGUGUAUUAUUUUCACAUAACGUUUUAUUCUCUCGCUAAAACAUUAAUUCGUCCCUCUUUUUAAAAAAACGACACAAAAGAUGUAGUCGACUGUGCGCCGUCGUGGGUGAAAUACUUAUCUGAAAAAUCAGUAUCAUUACGGAUUAUGAAGUCCGUUUGGAAUUAUUAUUACAGUAUAACGAAGAGAAUGCUGUUACUGGCUGGUCAGUGGCCUUAUCAGAGAAAAAAAGAAAGAUUGCUUCGAAUGUCUCUGAUGACUCUAACUUCGCUUUCUAUGAUAGUUCCUCAGAUUGGCAAGUUUAUACAGUGCGAUAAAGAUGUGCAAUGCAUUUUAACAGUUAUACCAACGCAUUUAUUUCAACUUGUGGUUAUCGUGAAGCUUUAUACAUGCCAAUUUAACAAUAGCAAGAUUAAGGAUCUCACUGAUAAGGUGUAUAGCGACUGGAAAAGCGUCGAAAUCCCGGAAGAAUGCGAAAUCAUGAAAACUUAUGCUGCAAAAGCGAGACUUUUUACUUUAAUAUAUACAUCAUAUUAUUUCAUAGCUGCUCCUAUAUUUGUAUUAAUUACCCUGACACCUCAAAUAUUAGAUAUCGUUUUGCCACUCAAUGAAUCCCGCCCAAUAUUAAUGCCUUACGAAGCGCACUAUUUUGUUCGCGAUGACACGGAAUACUUCUUUUACAUUUUCGUCCACACUCUUGUGGGCAUAAUAAUACUUUGUAUAGCGAUACUCGCGCAUGAUUGUAUGAUCCUGACUUGCAUCGAACAUGUCUGCGGCAUCUUCGCCGUAGCUGGAUUUCGAUUCGAGAACUUGGCGUAUAAUGAAAAUAUUGAUAUAAUGAAUAAUAAUUUAGAUAACAUUUACAAUCAAAAGAUAGCGUUGUCCGUUCAUGCACAUUGGCGAGCUUUACAAUUCGCGGAGCUACUCGAAGAUACCUUCUCUAUAACUUUCAUCAUACAAAUAUUGAUCAAUACCGCAGUGAUGAGCGUUACCUUGUUAAAACGAGAUUGUGAGAAAUUAAAACGUAUUUAUCGCGUUCUCGAGAUCGCGGUGCAAUUAGACGACGCUAUGGAAGCAGUGAGAUACAUAGCGUUUGUUAUUGGUCAAUUGAUUCAUUUAUUCUGCUUCAGUCUACAAGGACAAAGACUGAUAGACCACAGUCUACAAAUGCGUGACAAGAUAUACAAUGGCUCCUGGUACAAAAUACCCGUAAAAUCGCAAAAGAUGCUCCUACACGUGAUGAGACAAUGUUUGCAGCCAAAUUUUUUGAGCGCCGGCAAGAUUUAUAUUUUUUCCCUGAAGAGCUUCACUACGGUAUUACAGUCUUCGAUGUCGUAUUUUACCGUACUCACAUCCUUUUCGAUCUCGCGGUGCCUCUUAAAAACUAUGGAUGCUACUUGGAAUUAUUAUUACAGUUUUGUUUACAAAAUAUCAUCGCUCCUUGGUUUGUGGCCGUUUAUGAAACCAAGAACAAGAAUAUUUCGCGUUACUAUAUUCACAAUAGCUUUGUUUAAUAUCUCCAUCCCUCAGAUAGCAUAUCAAUUUACAUGCAAGAAAGACCUGCACUGUAUUUUUGAGGGGAGUACAUCGUACUUGUGUACGAUUGUAAUUGUGUUAAAGAUGUACACAUUUCAAUUAAACAUCAAUACAAUUAAAGAUCUUACUCGAAACCUGUUCGUCGAUUGGAAGAAAAUCAGAAAUCCUGAAGAAUAUGAAAUAAUGAAAUCGUAUGCCCGGAAUACUCGCCGAUUCUCUAUAGUAUAUACGGUAUAUUGCUCAAUGGCGGUAUUUACUUUUAUGUCAAUGUCCCUUAUACCCUUCGUACUCGAUAUCGUAUCACCUCUCAAUCAAUCCCGUCCCGUGCUACCUCCGUAUCCGGGAUAUUAUUUCGUGGACAUUCGCGAAAAUUUUUUGCAAAUUUUUUUGCACUCUCUCAUAGUCUGGCAGAUUCUUAUGAGCGGUAUAAUGGCCCACGACAGUAUGUACGUGAUGUUCGUGGAGCAUAUUUGCGGCAUGUUCUCUGUGAUUGGAUUUCGCUUCGAGCGUUUAAGCUAUAAUCAUGAUGAACUAACAGAGAUCGUUGAUCCGAAUGAUAUAUAUCGCAAAAAAGUUGCAUUUAUCGUGCGUAUGCACCGAGAAUGUUUAAAAUAUUCGAAACUUCUAGAAGAUACCUUCAAUAUGCCUUUUGCUGCACAAAUGUUGAUAGCAACAAUUGUGAUGAGCGUUACCUUGUUACAAAUCUCACGACAGGAUGGCGAAUUACUGGACUUGAUAAGAUACAUGUUAUAUGUCAUUGGCCAACUGAUUCAUUUAUUCAUUCUUAAUUUUGAGGGACAGAAACUGAUAGAUCAUAGUGUUCAGACACGCGAUAGAAUAUACAAUAGCGCCUGGUACAAAGCAUCUAUAAAAUCGCAAAAGCUCCUGAUGUUAGUGAUGAUAAAAUGUCUUCGACCCAGCGUUUUAAGUGCCGGCAAAAUUUACAUUUUUUCUCUGGAAAAUUUCACCGCGGUUUUACAAACUUCGAUGUCGUACUUCACAGUGCUUGCAUCCUUUUAGUAGUUAACAUUAUCUCUACAUCUAGUAAUUAGCAUUUUAAAUAUAUAUCUAGAA